GCGUCAACACUUCUCUUUUUUUAAUCUAGCGGAACCUUCGAAAUCGAAUCACAAAAAUGGACGAGUUUUCGUUCAACAAAUCAAACAGAAGUAUUAAUCCUUGGUGUUCAGAUGUACACUCUAUAUCAGCUACUUCGAGUAUUAUUCGUUUUGCAGAGAAAACGGGACAUCUCCGAGUGAAGAGAGAAGAAGAUAUGAAAGAAAUAGAAGAAAACCUCCAUAGGCAGUCUCCAUCACUUAGACUCAUUGAACAGCUUAGGGAAAUAGCAGAGAAGAGAAAGCAACUUGUUCAGGUGAAUGUUGAAAUACAAUGCAGACUGAUGGAUAAAGAGACAAGAGACCUCACCCACCUUGACCUACUUGAAUCCAAGAUCUCCAAUCUGAAUGCAUUGAGCAGCCAUCUCCAGCGGAUCCUGCAGGGGAAGAAGGAGCUAAUCAACCGGCUCCAGCAACCCCUAGUAGGAGACUUCCUCAGGGUGGAGGCGACCUUUCACCCCCAGGUCAAAGAACUAUUUCCUCUGGUUGUAAGCUGCCUUGCCGAGCUGAGUGCAAACCUGGACAAUAUUCAGUGGGGCAGCGAGUUUGAUCUCAGAGAUGGAAGAGUGGCAGCCAUUCUUGAUGACAUCGCUACCUCAUUGGCUCAACUUCAGACUAGACUCCACUCUGUUAUGCAAGUCAGGUCUUUGGUCACAGAAUUAUGAUGGGAUAUCACCUACAUGUAUACUCUUCUACAGUAAUACUGUGGUCACAGAGUUAUGGGUUAUCACUUGGACUCUUCUAAAGCAGUUUCAUGUUGUGGUCACUUGAUGAAGAAUAAUGAUUUGUAUCCGCUAGGCUCUUCUACAGCUUUUUAAUGCUUGUAGCACUCUUCAAAUGGAUUCUGAUAAUUAAGAGUGUCAUGAAGGGAUAUCCCUUACAGUUGCUUCAUACUUUGCCAGACAGGACCCUGUAUUGUCAUGCAGGUUAGAUCACUGGUUUGCAGGUAAGAUGUGAUGUCACUUUAAACUCAUUUCCAGCUGUUAAUGCAUUUGUCACCUUACAAGGGGACUGUGGUAACUGGACAUAAAUCGAUGAAGGAUAGCCUUUGUAUACAUGAGUCCGUAUGUAGG